AUGGACAAGCUGGGUUCAGCGGAGCCUGCGUUCUUCUGGGAGCGCCACACCCAGGGGCUGACCCGGCUGGGGUCCCUGGAACCCGGGCUGGCAUGGGACACUGGCAGAGGGGGCGUGAGAGGGCAGGGACCGCGGUCCGCAGCUGGCCGUGAUGGUGUGAGCUCAGCCCUGCACAGACAUGAGGCCCAAGUUCAGGCCGUCCUGGCGAACGUGUGUGUGUGUGUGUGUGUGUGUGCGCGCGCGCGCGAGUCCUGGUGUACAUGUGUGUGCCCGCGUUCCAGACGUGGGAAGACAAAGCCGGCAGAUGGGCCUGUGCCUGUGGCUUGGCGUGAAAGCCGCCCCCACAGCGUGCGCGCCGGCUCCCGGCCCCAGGGGACUUCUCCAGGGCCCGCAGUUCCGUCCAUCCCCGGGCAUGCCCUCUCCCUUGCACUAGCCAGUCUUCCCGAUGCCCGCAGACGAUGCUCCAGAGACGAGCAAAGGCCGCCUUCCGUGUGGCCUCCGCCCCCAGGGAGCCCAGGCAGGAGGGUUGCCGGGGUCCGAGGCCCCGUGGGCUGUGGGGCGAGGACGGGAGUUGACGAGUGUGCGCCGAGGUCAGGGCGGUCCUCAGGGCGAGCCGGCGGCUCCGGGGAUGCUGGGUCAGGCCCAGGACCUCGGCGCACGCACCCUGUCUGCCUUGGCGCAGGGACGGGGCAGGAGGUGCAGACGGAGAACGUGACGGUGGCCGAGGGGGGCGUGGCCGAGAUCACCUGCCGGCUGCACCAGUAUGACGGCUCCAUCGUGGUGAUCCAGAACCCCGCGCGGCAGACCCUCUUCUUCAACGGCACGCGGGCGCUGAAGGACGAGCGGUUCCAGCUGGAGGAGUUCUCCCCGAGGCGAGUGCGCAUCCGCCUCUCGGACGCCCGACUGGAGGACGAGGGCGGCUACUUCUGCCAGCUCUACACGGAGGACACGCACCACCAGAUCGCCACGCUCACCGUGCUAGUGGCUCCGGAGAACCCCGUGGUGGAGGUCCGGGAGCAGGCGGUGGAGGGCGGCGAGGUGGAGCUCAGCUGUCUGGUCCCUCGCUCGCGCCCCGCAGCGGUCCUGCGCUGGUACCGAGACCGCAAGGAGCUGAAAGGCGUGAGCAGCGGCCAGGAGAACGGCAAGGUGUGGAGCGUGGCGAGCACCGUGCGCUUCCGUGUGGACCGCAAGGACGACGGCGGCAUCGUGGUCUGCGAGGCACAGAAUCAGGCGCUGCCCUCGGGGCACAGCAAGCAGACGCAGUACGUGCUGGACGUGCAGUACUCGCCCACGGCGCGCAUCCACGCCUCUCAAGCUGUGGUCAGGGAGGGAGACACUCUGGUGCUGACGUGCGCUGUCACGGGGAACCCCAGGCCCAGCCAGAUCCGCUGGAACCGUGGGAAUGAGUCCCUGCCGGAGAGGGCGGAGGCGGCGGGCGAGACGCUCACGCUGCCCGGCCUGGUGUCUGCAGACAACGGCACCUACACCUGCGAGGCGGCCAACAAGCACGGCCACGCGAGGGCGCUCUACGUGCUCGUGGUCUACGCCGCGGCCCGGGGCGUCUAUAGACGUGGCCGCGCGGGGCCCGGGCGCCGCGGAGGCCGUCACGUGCGCGUGGGAGCCUCAUUGUUCGCGCUCGGGGUCUGUGCUCGCCCCCGCCGGGCCGAGGGAGGGGUGGUCUCGCCGGCCUUGCCGGGACGCGCGCUGCCGAGCAGGACGCCCGGGGGUCUGUGGGCCCCGGGGCCCCGGGGGUGCGCCUGCCGCCCUCCUCGGAACCGCGCGGGUGGCGCUCGGGCUGCGUGGAGGCAUGAUUGCACCUGA